ACUCGCCACAAGCCCUCUCGCAGACGCCAGCGUCUUUUUAACUUCCUGUCUCACACAAAGGAAGCCUAGACUCGCCAGCGCUGCCGCGGAGGAACUCUGGCGACUCGACCUGCUGCGACAAAAGGGUCGGAGCUCCAAUGAGCCGGGGUUAAAAAAGCUGACUCUCCAUCCAUGUCGGCGGUGACCCCCUCCUGUCCGGCCGGCGUGGCGGCGCCGGCGCUGGUCCAGUUCCAGCUCGGCCUGUUCAGGGAGGUGGUUCGAGUCCCCGCCGGGAACCUCAGCUACCGCCAUGCCAGGAGGCUCGCCGCCGAGGUCAUAGAGCGCAAGGCUCCAGACUGCAGUGUGGUAGGCGUCGGCGAGAAGAUUCUGCUGUUCAGACAUCAGCCCGUGUCGGAGCAGCUGCAGCUGCAGCGCCUGACGGACAUCGACGAGCUGCAGGACGGCGACCUCAUCGAGGUCGUGGUCGCAGGUUCGGCCUCGGUGACUCAGAUGAGGAUGCGUCCACACUCCCUGGUGGUGCAGUCGUACCGGACCCCCACCUUCUGUCACCACUGUGGGGAGAUGCUGUGGGGCCUCGUGCGACAGGGGUUGAAAUGCGACGGUUGUGGACUAGACUUCCACAAACGUUGCGCCUUCCUGCUGCCCAACGACUGCAGCCGAGCGCGGCGCCAGGUGAGCACCAGCCUCUCUCUGUUUCCGCCCCGACGCCCGCGGACGCACUCCCUCUCCAAUCAGGCGGGGGGCAGUCUGGAGGAGAUCAGCAUGUCCAAGACCUCGUCCAGGCCUCCGUCCUGGGCGGAGCCUCCGGUCUGGCUGGGGGUCGGGUGCGGCGACCUGAGCGGCGCCCAGGUCCCUCACACCUUCCACAUCCACAGCUACACCAAGCCCACCGUGUGCCAGCACUGCCACCGGCUGCUCCGAGGCCUCUUCCGACAGGGCCUGCAGUGCUCAGACUGCAGGUUCAACUGCCACCGCCGCUGUGAGCCUCUGGUGCCCAGAGACUGUCCCGGCGAGAGGAGAGGAGACACCAACGGGGAAGAUUCCAUGGCGGCCGGUCACGGCGGCCCGGCACACCCAGGGGACGGCGUGAUCUCCGACGAUGACGACGCGACCGCCGAAGGCCCGGACCCGCCGGCCGAGAUCCAGGAAGUGGAGCAAGCGCUGCGAGAGUCGAUGAGUCCCUGCUUCAGCAGCAACAUCCCUCUGAUGAGACUCGUCCAGUCGGUGCAUCACACCAAGAGGCGAGGCGGCGGCGUCCUGAGGGAGGGAUGGCUGCUGCAUCGCACCAACACUGACUCGCUGAGGAAACGUCAUUACUGGAUCGUGGACUGGAAGAGCAUCACUCUGUACCAGGACGAGAGCAGCAUCAAGUACUACAAAGAGAUCCCCCUGUCCGAGGUGCUGCAGGUCCGAGGCCCCGGCCAGCUCGCCUCGCCGCCGUUGCCCGGCGACGCUGGCCCCUCCUUCGAGGUGGUGACGGCGUCGCUGGUGUACUGCGUGUUGGCCGGGGCGGACGGGCCGCUGUGGGAGAGCGCCAUCCGCCAGGGCCUGAUGCCCGUGGAGAGCGGCGGGGGACGCGGCGAGGAGAAACACGCUCAACAUCCACACAGAGACAGCACGGACGUCAGCUCGAUGUAUCAGAUCUUCACCGACGAGGUUCUGGGUUCGGGACAGUUUGGAGUCGUGUACCGAGGCACUCACAGGAAGUCGGGUCGACCCGUCGCCAUCAAGGUCAUCGACAAGACGCGUUUCCCCGCUAGACAGGAGACGCAGCUGAGGAACGAAGUGUCCAUCCUGCAGAAUCUGUCGCACCUCGGCGUGGUCCUGGUGGAGGGGAUGUUCGAGAGCGUGCAGCACGUCUUCGUCGUCAUGGAGAAGCUCCACGGAGACAUGCUGGAGAUGAUCCUGUCCAGUGAGAAGGGACGACUCCCCGAACGCAACACCCGCUUCCUGGUCACGCAGAUCCUCGAGGCCCUGCGCUAUCUGCACUUGAAGCACAUCGCCCACUGCGACCUGAAACCUGAGAACGUGCUGCUGGCCUCCGCGGACCCCUUCCCCCUGGUGAAGCUGUGCGACUUCGGCUUCGCCCGCAUCAUCGGCGAGAAGUCCUUCCGGCGCUCGGUGGUGGGCACGCCCGCCUACCUGGCGCCCGAGGUCAUCAGCAGCAGCGGCUACAACCGCUCGCUGGACAUGUGGUCGGCGGGCGUCAUCAUGUACGUGAGCCUGAGCGGCACGUUCCCCUUCAACGAGGACGAGGACGUCCGGCAGCAGAUCACCAACGCCUCCUUCAUGUACCCGCGGCAACCGUGGGCCUCCGUCUCGCUGGAGGCUGUGAGUCUGAUCAAUAACCUGCUGCAGGUGUCGCUGAGGCGGCGGUUCAGCGUGGGCAAAGCUCUGGGACACCCCUGGCUGCAGGACUUCCAGCUGUGGUGCGACCUACGGGGGUUCGAGCAGAGGAUGGGCUGCCGGUACCUGACGCACCGGGCGGACGAGGAGCGCUGGACGCGCCUCGCCCGGGAGAGGGGCCUGGACUUCCCCGCCCACCUCUGCUGGGACCCCGACAACGAAGCCGACGCGUGACCACGGCGCCCGGUGGGGUUAAAGGUCGGAAAUGUGACUCGUUUCGUGCACCAAAUCCUGAUCAGGAAACCAAUGUGUGUUUGCACGGGAGAAUUCAAAGUUUGUAGACGAGAAGGAAAAAUCAAAGAAUCUGCAGUGGACACCAUUAACGUAUAUCAGUCCUCGUCUAGCAUUAAAGAUAAUCUUUAAAAAAACAACACAAACAACGGCUGUUUAGUAAUAUAAUUGUCCUUUUUUAUUCCAAGUUGUAGUGUGUAAAGUUUUAAAACUGUGUGAAAGUGAGUUGUUUUUUUUCGUGACGGACACAAUGAGUUGAGGAGGAGAAAGGAGCACGGAUGAAAAUCAAUGAAUUAUGAGUCAACUCGCACUGGUUCUCAUGGGCUGACCCGUCUUGAAUGAAAAUUAAAGAAAUGGGACCGUGUGGUCCCACGUUACAGUA